UAAUGGGUUUCUUCCUGUUUAAAAGUUUCAUUUAUAUGACACGUGAGUCAUUCAUGAAAAAGGGCUCCAUAUGUUUAGGUUGAUGGGCCUUUUCACAUGGGUUGUGCCUCCGUGUUGCCUUAAAGAUGCCCUGUUUUAUGUAGUCUCCACAUGCCAAAUAGAGGAGACAGCCCUGCAUUAGUAUAAACGCUCACAAGUCAAGCCAGCAAAAAAAAAUCAGCUGCAUCAUUGGUUAGAGAGAGUGGUUGGUGUGAUAAACCAACAGAGACGCUGGCUCCUCUCAUGCCGAUGUUACCAGACGCUCAGAUGCCAGAAGCCAAAGUAGAGGAUCAGCUUAAAACUUUAAUAAGUCUGUAACACCCUCAAAAGCUCCACCAUUGGUUGAAUGACAUAGCAGUUGGUACCAGACCAGAAGACUUGCUGUGUACUUCAAGAAACCCAUAUUUUAUUCUGAGAGUAUUUCCUCUGUUAACAAACCAACCACUAACAUUAGUUAUCUUUCCAAUCCUUGUUGUCUCACCUACACUAACCUACAUCUCCUGAUGCUAUAAUGGUUUAUAGUAAAAUGAUCUCUCCACUGUAGUCGAUCAUCAGUCCCCCUACAUGAUUAAACAUUUUAAAUGUGAGUAUGGAAAAUGGCACUAUAAAUAAAUCUUUGUGCCAGACACCUCUUUUAAAUGGGAUUCCAUAAGUUCCCAAAAAUAUACAAACAUGCUCAGUGUUUAUGUUUACAAAAGAUGGAAUGAAACACUACAGAUAGCGUGUGAGUACGUUUGGCAUUUUAGUCCUCCUUUGACUUCAAUUAUUACAGGGUUCCCACGGAUUACGAGUGAACUGGAACUAACUUAGGAGAGUCAGAUCAAAGUGUCUUUGGUCCUUGCGUUUUUGUUUUUGUAUACGUUUUUUGCUGUUUUUAACGCAAUAUUGGCUGCGUUUAGAUAUGGGAAAUACAUUCAUUUGGCUGGAAUAUGGUUGUAUUCCUGUUCAUUUGACUGUGAGUGACUCCAACAGACCUGCACAAUUAAAGGUUCUUGAUAUCACAUCUGUUGUGAUUUAAGAUCCAGUACAGAAAACGGAAUUAAAUCCAGCUGAAGUGAAUUCGCUCGCUUCUCCACGUCAGACUCCUUUUUGGUGUGUAGUAGGAGUGCGGUUUGCGUAGACUGCACAAGAAGAGCUCAUUUCUCGCGGAGGGAAGUGCACGAUGGCAACUCUUGGACACUCGGAGAAAUGUCUUGAUCUAACAACCUACUGGAAUAAGUACACACACAAAUGCGUCCCGUGUCAAUUACAGCCAGGACAUGAAGUUACACCCAACUGUGGCAGAGACGAUGAUAACGGAGUUCACGAGCUCCCCGCAUCUCCCUGCAAACAACACACGUUUAACGACGGCAGUAGACCAUACUGCCAGCCUUGUUCUUCAUGUCAGCCCAAUAGUUACAAAGUGGAAAACUGCACUUCAACACGCGACACUCUGUGUAACAGACGCGAGACAACCACAGCUCCAUCCACGAAUGAAACUCACCAGGAAGCCACCUCAGCUCAACCAGGGAUGUCACAUGUUUCUGCCACAGUGUGGGCUGUUCCGUUAGUUAUUUUUGUUAUUGCCCUGCUCGCCUUAACUGCUCUCUUCAUCGUGAGACGGAAACGAGCCCAGCGCAAAACAAUGUUUUAUAUCAGAAGAUCAUCGUAUACAAACGAGGGGUUUUGUACCUCAUUUACAGCUUCUAACAAUGAUCUGGAGGACAUUCUCAAUCUGGACAUCCUGUCAGCACCGUUGCAGGCCGUCCUGGAUGAUCUGGAUGUUUUGGAGGAGCUGAUCAUUUUAUUGGAUCCAGAAACUGUUGGAAUAAAGAACACAAAGAACCUUGCUUCCCAGUGUUCCUUCUCCGCCGCCUGGAUUACCUACACCUACUCCAUGAAGGAUAGCAAAAGUCCCCUCAAAGUUGUGUUGGAAGGGGUCACCAGCAAACAUCCCGACUGGACUGUAGGCCACUUGGCAAAGCUGCUGAGACAAAUAGAGCGCAAUGAUGCAGUUGCUGUUCUUGCUAAACUCAAGCCUAAAGGUAUGUGCUAGUUGAACCACGGGUUCAAUGAACUGAUGUGUUAAAAGUCAGAGGAGACAUCCUGUAACCCAACCAACCAUAGUACGGGGAUGUACGCAAUAACCAGUUUGAUAUCCUGUUUCCUGUCACGGUUUAGGCCACACUAGGGAUAAGAACAACUUCUAACAACCUACUUAUACUGAUAUUUAUGUCACGCCAGCAUUUGAACCAAGUUGAGCCGAACCAUCUGGUAUGCUUUUAUUCAGUGCGGUAACUACCAAUGUAUAAAAAUUAGUGUGAAGAAAAGCAUGAAGAUUAACCAUGUGUGUCACCCAGCAGAUAAAAAAGCACCACUGGUGUAACUGACUUUGUUUUUUUUUUACUUCAUCCAUAUACUUUUAUUAAAUUAUUAUUUUUUUGUAAAACAAUGUUUGUGUUAUUGUGAUUGGUACUUUUAAUUUGAAAAUUGUUCCAUAGGGGGUCUGAAUUGUUCAGUCAUCAUUUUAUUCUACUUCUGCCUUUGGCUCUUACUACAUUUCAACAAUAUCUGGUACCAUGUUUGUUGUACUGUACCUGUGAACACACGUGUAAUAUUUGAAAAAAUAUGAAGAAUAAAUACAAUAUAUUUCCC